AUGAUAGCACUACAACUUUUACUGAGUAAUGGAGCAGACAUUAAUUUACGUACAAAGGACAGAACCAGUCCUCUCUAUAUAGCUUGUCAAAACGGACAUGAUAGCACUGUACAACUUUUACUGAGUAAUGGAGCAGACAUUAAUUUAAGUACAAAGGACGGAGCCAGUCCUCUCUAUAUAGCUUGUCAAAACGGACAUGAUAGCACUGUACAACUUUUACUGAGUAAUGGAGCAGACAUUAAGUUAUGUGAUGAGGAAGGAACCAGUCCUCUCUAUAUAGCUUGUCAAAACGGACAUGAUAGCACUGUACAACUAUUACUGAGUAAUGGAGCAGACAUUAAUUUAUGUAAGGAGAAUGCAGCAAGUCCUCUCUAUAUAGCUUGUCAAAACGGACAUGAUAGCACUGUACAACUAUUACUGAGUAAUGGAGCAGACAUUAAUUUAUGUAUAGAGGAUGGAACCAGUCCUCUUUAUAUAGCUUGUCAAAACGGACUUGAUAGAACUGUACAACUAUUACUGAGUAAUGGAGCAGACAUCAAUUUAUGUAAGGAGAAUGCAGCAAGUCCUCUCUUUAUAGCUUGUCAUAACGGACAUGAUAGCACUGUACAACUAUUACUGAGUAAUGGAGCAGACAUUAAUUUAUGUGACGAGGACGGAGCCAAUCCUCUCCAUAAAGCUUGUCAAAACGGACAUGAUAGCACUGUACAACUUUUACUCAGUAAUGAAGCAUACAUUAAUUUAUGUGAGGAAAAUGGAGCCGGUUCCCUCUUAAUAGCUUAUUUUAAUUGACGUGAUUGCACUGUACAACUGUUACUGCGUAAUGGAGCAAAAAUUAAUCUAUGUACGAAAGACAGAAUUAGUCCUCAUAUUUAUGCUUUUGUGAAUAUACAUUACGAAACUGUUAAUAUUUUAAGCAAUAACGCUGCAGACUCUAGCCUGGCCUGUGGAUGUAUAUAU